AGGGAUCGAUGUGCACCCACAAUUAACUGCAUGAUUAAAUGCAUUUAAUCAUUCAUUGAUCAAACUGCAGAACUGGCGUUAUAGGACUGCAAUCCAGUCUUAUGGUUAUAGUACGAGUACAGUUACCUACUGGUAGUCAGACUACAAAAUUUAUAGUCCACAGUACUGUAUGUCCACAGAUGGCAGGCUGAGGCAAAUCUGUGGUUGCUAAAUGAUGUUUACACUUUAUAGUUUGAAUAUUUCCUUCGUUUUCUGCUCUACUAGGUAGCGAUUGGAGAAUGCUUUUCCGGAAAGAGUUUACUCCGUUUCGACUGGUUUUCAUUCCCGACUGAUCGGAUUCUGAAAGCUGAAUAUGCACAACGAAAGUGUGGCAGGUGGGCUGGAAAAGAGGCAACAUGAUCGCGUACCUGCCAAGAUGCCGUCGCGUGUGCCCCAGUUCGAUUUCCUUCCGCAUUAUGUUGUACGUUCUUGGCUUAUUGGUAGCUGCGUUCGUUGUCCAGCAUCAGCUGCAUCCUGACUGUCCACCUGGUACCGACGGAGAACGCUAUGUCACGUGGGAGAUACCUAGCUGGGCUUAUUUCAACAACCAGAUUCUCCUACAUGUUACGGUUGCGGCCUACAAUCCUCUCCACAGCCGCGUGAUCCUUUCGCCUGGGUUCCAAUUCAAUCCCAUUCAGGGCUUGCAGCAUCUGGUGGUUUUACCGUUUGGUCGAGUAUUUGAACAAAACCUCACCGAUUUCCGUUCAAAAAAGCCUCUCGGAGUGUCCAUGCGGCGAACUGUUUAUCUGCAAGAUGUUAAAAAAAUCCUGGAAGACGGCUGCGGAUACGCCACGGAGCUUGUCAACGAUCGAGAGGAUUUGUGGGGCAAAAUGUACACCCGUUUUGUGGUUCGCGUCUUCCUUUUGGGUUUGCACCAUGACGUUAGCGCGGUGAUUUCGCGCUUCCGCUACACCAUGCCGUUACGACAGUGUAUUGAUUCCGCACUGCAGACUCAUGGCCGGAAAAUCUCGCGCUCCAUUGGCAUUCAUAUUCGCACGUGGAAGCGGGAUGUGUCGGUGGUCAGUCACGCUUGCGACACUAUUAACGGGCAUAACCCGCUGCGAUAUUUAUUUGUCUGUGAUUUAACAACGGAAGCGAUUGUUGCCAGUAUUGAACGGGUGAGGAAAUAUCCUUAUCAGGACCUCUUCCUGGCUACGGAUGAUGUUGAUCAUCCCGUGGUCAAGAGUAUUAUGGCCAAAUAUCCCACAAUUCAGUAUGAGAAAAACGAACUGGAUGAAUGUCUGCGCGGGCAAAAUCUCAGCGCUAAGGAUCUGGAGUUUUGGUCGGCGAUGGCGCAUCCACUGAUACAGAACGAAUUGCUGGUCCAAGCGGAUGCAUUUGUCGGCUCGUUCUUCUCGACGUUUACCCAGGUGGUAGCUAUUAAGCGCGGCAUGGUGCGCGUUGAAUUUUUUCAGACCGAAGGGCAGAGAUUAUUUUAUAGAUUUUUAUAUCCGCUGGGAUUGGUUGUCGUCGCUGUUUUGAUGCUUUUGCCCACGGUGUUUGAUUUUCUUGUUAGGAAAAGUGUUUCUCGUGAUUUUCGGCUUGUUUGACGCUGUGGUUAGUUACAGUAAUUUGAAUUUUUAAUUGUGAUUUUAAUGUUUGUGAAAGUUAUGCAUGAACUGAUGAACCUGUAUAAUGCCUUUGGAGUGCACACAACAGACUUUGAAGCAUUGACAGAUCUGUCGAAUACUGUUGUUCAUAUCACAUAUGCGCUGGCUAAAUGUGAAUUGUGAUGGUACAGCGUUAUGUCACUACGCUGACUUGGCUGUAGUACAGACAAUAAAAUUGAGGUGU